UUUUUAGCAGAAUUCACAGAAUAAGACCGCGGAAAACAAAAUACCCGACUUACAAGAACCUGACGAAAUUGAAUUGAAACAAAAAGAUGUCAGCUGAUCAGAUCUCCUAUUCUGAAAAAUAUUAUGAUGAAAAGUUUGAAUACAGACAUGUGAUUCUUCCCAAUGAUAUUGCCAAACUGGUACCAAAGAAUCACCUAAUGACAGAGACUGAGUGGAGAAACCUGGGUGUACAGCAAUCACCUGGGUGGAUUCAUUACAUGGUUCACACACCAGAGCCUCACAUUCUUCUGUUUAGAAGACCGUUGCAUCAAAGCAACCCUAUUGCUGGGGCCAUGGCAACCAAAGUGAAAUAAAGAAUUGACCAUUGAAGCUGAAAUCUGUGAUUGCCUUCCUAGGGCUCUGACUACAGUGUUCCUUACAGACCAAUGGCCUUGUAGUGUAGACACACUUAGUGCUGUACAGUUAUACUUGUUAUUUCUUCGCUUAUUUUUACCAUCAUGAAUAUUAUUGGGAUUUAAUGUACCAAAAGUACAUGUACUUUAUUUUAAUCGGUUGUCACCAUAACAAUUUUAUCCUUUUCAUGAUUUAUACAGUUUUUAUGGCAUACUGUUUUACUUGUCCUUGUUUUAAAUCUGUUACAGACACAUUGCACUGUUAGACAAAACUAUCAUCUCACACAUGUUGAACUGAAGUUUGUUAAGUGAUUAUUUUUUGCUCUCUUAAAAAUGAAUAUUUUCUUUUUAAAAAGGGAAGUAUUAUAGUAUUUAGUACCAUGUAUUUAAUGUUUCCCAUUGAUAUUGUUUGUGUUUUGAUAAGAUUUAAAGUACAUAUGCAAAAAUAUGUAUGAUAUGCACAUGUUUUAAUUUUUUUUUCAAAAGUUUUUUUCUAGACACAGUAGUUAGAGAAAUAAUUGUUUUCCUUUCUCUUGAAGAUUUUUGUUUUGAUGGUCUUGAAAUAACUUGCUCUGAAUUUUUAGGAGAAAAUUUGUAAAACCAAAUUGACUUCUUUAAAAAUUUUGUUCACCUGAAAAUUGUACACAUAAAAUCAAUAAAGUUUCAGGAAUUUGAA